AUGGGAUCAAUUCCGGAGUUAAACCUGAAAAGAAAGCUGAAGAAGCUUAAAAAGGCGAAACGGAUUUCUGCGGAAAAAUUAGCUGGCGAACCUGUCGUUAGUAAAGAUGACCUGGAACGCGACAAGCCUUUCUUACAGAACCAGAUCGCCAGUGAAAGUGCUGAACUAAAGGACUCAAACGACGCCAAAAUGAUGCUGGAAAUUAGCACACCUUCAAGCUCUCGUUCUAAGGAAAAGAGUGAUAAACGGAGUGAAACAGAGAAGAACCGAGGGGAAGAAAAUACUCCAACAGAAACACAGAAGAAUUCAGACUUCGUUUGCGAAAAGACUCUUCGCGCCGUCAGCGACAUGGGCUUUACAAAAAUGACCGAAAUUCAAGCGCGGUCGCUUCCUGACUUGUUAAACGGGAGAGAUCUUCUUGGAGCCGCAAAAACUGGUAGCGGUAAAACGUUGGCAUUCUUAAUUCCUGCCGUGGAACUACUGUAUAAGCUCAAGUUUGCCCCACACAAUGGAACCGGCUGUAUAAUUAUCAGCCCUACGAGGGAACUUAGCAUGCAGACAUUCGGUGUGGUCACCGAAUUGUUGAAGUAUCACAGUUUAACGCAUGGCCUUGUGAUGGGAGGAGCGAACAGACAAGCGGAGGCGCAGAAACUUUCCAAAGGAAUUAAUAUCCUAAACACGCAUGACUUCCUGUACAAAAAUUUGCAUUGUCUGAUCAUCGAUGAGGCGGAUCGUAUAAUGGAUAUUGGUUUUGAAUUGGAAAUGCAGCAAAUCAUUAGACUCUUGCCAAGGCACCGGCAGACGAUGUUGUUUUCGGCCACCCAGGAUCAAAAGGUAAACGAUCUUGUAAAAAUGGCAUUACAAAAAGAGCCGCUUUACAUCGGAGUUGGGGACACGAGCGAAACAGCCACUGUAGAAGGUCUUCGUCAGGGUUACGUGGUAUGUCCAUCAGAAAAACGGUUUAUGAUGCUGUACACGUUUUUGAAGAGGAAUCGUAAGAAGAAGAUGAUGGUGUUUUUCUCGUCUUGUAGUUCAGUCAAGUUCCAUCACGAACUUUUUAAUUACAUCGACCUUCCAGUCAUCUGCAUUCAUGGAAAACAGAAACAGCAAAAGCGCACGACUACCUUCUUUAGCUUCUUCGAGGCGAAAGAAGGAAUUUUGUUGUGUACUGACGUCGCUGCCCGUGGUCUCGAUAUACCUGCCGUUGAUUGGAUUGUUCAGUAUGAUCCUCCGGAUGACCCGAAAGUACGUUUUCACUAG